AUGGCUUCACCAUCCUCUCCUGCCAAUGGCACUCCCGCCUCUGUCAAGGAAUCACCUGUACCUAGCAGCCCAGGAUCUCCUUACGUUGAGCGUAGCAACCCCAUGGGUGCCGGCAACGCUCAGACAGUCAGCUCCAAGGAUCCAAAAGCUGUGGCUCAAGCUGCCACGGACAUGAAGAACGUCGUCCGCCGCAAACUGACCGGCUAUGUUGGUUUCGCCAAUUUGCCCAACCAAUGGCACCGCAAGAGUGUGCGUAAAGGAUUCAACUUCAACGUAAUGGUUGUUGGUGAAUCGGGUCUUGGAAAGUCGACUCUCGUCAACACUUUGUUCAACACCUCCCUCUACCCCCCCAAGGAGCGUACCGGCCCGAGUCACGACAUCAUCCCGAAGACAGUCUCUAUCCAGUCCAUCAGCGCAGAUAUUGAGGAAAAUGGCGUCCGUCUUCGCUUGACUGUGGUCGACACUCCCGGCUUCGGUGAUUUUGUCAACAACGAUGACUCGUGGCGCCCUAUCGUCGAAAACAUCGAGCAGAGAUACGAUGCCUACUUGGAGGCGGAGAACAAGGUUAACCGCACAAACAUUGUCGAUAACCGUAUUCACGCCUGUGUCUACUUUAUCCAGCCCACCGGCCACUCGCUGAAGCCCCUCGACAUUGAGGUCAUGCGUAGACUGCACACCAAGGUCAACCUCAUUCCUGUCAUUGCCAAGGCCGACACAUUGACCGACGAGGAGAUUUCCCUCUUCAAGCAGAGAAUUCUCGCAGAUAUCCAGCACCAUUCGAUUCAGAUCUUCGAGGGACCCCGCUACGAGCUUGACGACGAGGAGACCAUUGCCGAGAACCAAGAGAUUAUGUCCAAAGUUCCUUUCGCCGUUGUUGGUGCCAACACUGAGGUCACCACAGCUGAUGGACGUAAAGUGCGCGGUCGUAGCUAUCCUUGGGGUGUCAUUGAGGUCGACAACGAGGAGCACUGCGACUUUGUCAAACUGCGCCAGAUGCUGAUCCGCACUCACAUGGAAGAGCUCAAGGAGCACACCAACAACUGGCUCUACGAGAACUACCGGUCCGACAAGCUUACCCAAAUGGGUGUCGCCCAGGAUCCAAGCGUGUUCAAGGAGGUCAACCCAGCAGUCAAACAAGAGGAGGAGCGUGCUUUGCACGAGCAGAAACUCGCCAAGAUGGAGGCAGAGAUGAAGAUGGUCUUCCAGCAGAAGGUUGCAGAGAAGGAAAGCAAGCUGAAACAGAGCGAGGACGAAUUAUACGCGCGACAUCGCGAGAUGAAGGACCAACUGGAACGCCAACGCCAGGAGCUGGAAGAGAAGAAGGCCCGGCUCGAGAGUGGAAGGCCAAUCGAAGAGAAGGGAAAGAGGAAGGGCUUUUCUCUCCGUUAA